AUGACAACAAACGGCCUCCCCAUCCGCGUCCUCCCAACCAUCGACCCCUCCGCGGGGCCAACACACCCCUUUAGUACCCCCAGCAAGAAAAUCCACGAAUCCAACGACGUCUCCUCCUUCCUAACAAGCCAAGCCUAUGUCGACAUAAUGACCUUCCUCCUGCAACUCAACCGCUCCAUGUUCCCGCUCAAAAGCCCCGACACAAGCAUCCAGGCCUGGGAAUUGAACUGCGAGGCUGUCGAGUUCUCGGCCCCCGUGCGACAACUACAGCAGUUGUUGGCGAAGCUCGAGGAGAUGCUGGAGAAGGCGCCGCCGGAUCAGGGGCCGAGAAGAUUUGGGAAUGUGGCGUUUCGGAGGUGGUUUCAGAUUGUGGAGGGGAGGGCAGAUGAGUUGUUGGAGGGGUGUCUUGCGCCAGAGGUAUUAGAGCAGGGUAAGGGUGGGAGUGGAGAUGGGGUGACGGCGAAGGAGGAGUUGAAGGCGUAUUUUCUGGGGAGUUGGGGUAGUGCGCAGAGGUUGGAUUAUGGAACGGGACAUGAGUUAAGCUUUCUGGCGUUUCUUGGGGGGAUUUGGAAGUUGAAUGGGUUUCCGAGAACUGCUCCGGGAGUUGAGGAGAGGGCUAUUGUUCUAGGGGUUGUGCAGCCGUAUCUCGAGCUCAUCCGGACCAUUAUCAAACGAUACACCCUAGAACCAGCAGGCUCACAUGGAGUAUGGGGUCUAGACGACCACUCAUUCUUACCCUACAUCUUCGGAGCUGCCCAAUUCGCCCCUGCGAUGACAGACUCCGAGCCGUUGCCUGAAGAAGGCUCGCUACCAGAUGCACCAGACCCAGGGGGCGUUGCUAAAGCGAACAUCGUCGAGAGAGAGCGCAAAACCAACAUGUACUUCUCCGCAGUGGGCUUUAUCUACGAUGUCAAACGUGGUCCAUUCUGGGAACAUAGCCCAAUGCUUUAUGAUAUUUCUGGGAUUCGAACAGGAUGGGCCAAGAUCAACAAGGGCAUGAUCAAAAUGUACAACGCAGAAGUCCUCUCCAAAUUCCCCGUCGUUCAGCACUUCCCAUUCGGCUCGCUGUUCAGCUUCGAACGCGACCCUAACGCCAUCGCACCUCAGACCCAACCUCAGUCGCAACCACCAACUGCCAGACCAGCACCCCCAUCAGCAGGGCCGGGACCAGGGACCAAAUCUCCAUGGGCCACCGCAGGAGGUACAGCAGCACCAACGGUAGCGCCGUGGGCGACAGCGAGAGUACCCCCUUCUGCCUCUUCCUCGCUCCCAGAUACGUCGAGGUUACCGCCGGGGCCGAUGGCUCCGACUAGGGCUCCGUGGGCGAAACCUGCUGGGUCUGGUGGUGAUUCUGGGGAUUUGGGGCAGACGAAGGCUCCUUGGGCGAAAUGA